AUGAGUGUUUUGAAAUCUAUUUGGAAUGAUUUCAUUGAGGUUGAAUUGCCUCCCAUUAAUCAGAUUCAGGGAUUAUUGAAGAUGGUUGUUGCCAUUCUAGAGAGUUGGCAUGACUGGGGAGCGAUUAUGAGCUGGUAUCUCUGUUUUUUUAGACCAGAUAAGGUUAAAGCUUUGGUGAAUUUAAGUGUUGCAUUCACUCCUAGAAACCCUAAGUAUAAGCCAAUUGAGACCAUGAGAGCUGCUUAUGGUGAUGAUUACUACAUGAUUAGAUUUCAGGAGCCUGGAGAGAUGGAAGCUGAGUGUGCUAGUAGUGGUACUAAAACUGUCCUCACAAAGAUACUUAGUUACAUUAAUCCAGCUCCACUUAUGGUACCUAAGGACAAAGGGUUCGCGUCUGAUCAUCCAGCUACACUGCCGCCGUGGUUAACGGAGGAAGACGUUUGUUAUUACACUAGUAAAUUUGAAAAAUCAGGCUUCACCGGACCAUUCAACUAUUACAGAAAUAUGAAUGUAAACUGGGAAUUGACUACACCUUGGACAAGGGUACCGGUGAAGGUACCAGUCAAGUUUAUGGUAGGAGACCAAGAUUUGAGCUAUCAUAUUCCGGGUGUGAAGGAAUACAUACACAGCGGUAGAAUGAGAAAAGAUGUACCGUUUCUGCAACAAGUAGUUGUACUUGAAGGGGUUGGCCACUUUAUAAUGGAGGAAAGGGCAGAUGAAAUCAGCAACCAUAUCAUUGAUUUCUUACAGAGAUUCUGAGGUUUGCAGCUUUCAUCUUGUCGAAAUGAGUUCUGCCUUAAUUCACUCUUGUUUGAUCGCCCGGUUUCAUUUCCAGGUAAUAAAGAACUUGUCCAUGUAUCCCUCUCGUUAAUUCUAGCGCAAUAUAUAUCAGUUAUGUGUAAUAGCACUCUCUGAGCAUAUAUGAUAUAUAUAAAUGGACAAAGAUUUCGGAAUUUAUCUUGUGGAAACUAUAUCCUAUUAUUUUUCUCUUUAAAGGAAAACACUAUACCAU